AAAGUCCGACCGCAUUACAGCCGGGAGGCCCCACCACUACCCACGUCUCUCGCUGCCACAGUUUUGGAAGCCAGAGGCACCGCUGAAUUCCCCCAAUCCAGCGCAGGCUAUGUCCAUCUCGACCCAAAUCCACCGCAGGUCCCCCCAAAUCCACAAGGUCCAUCGCCACGCCAAAUCAAUUCAUGGCGGAAAUUGAAGGGCGCGGGCUGCCGGAGUUCGGUGGUGCUGGUGGUGAUGGAGGAGCACGCGCGCGGCGACAGAGCACCACAAGAGGGGCGAAGGAUCGGGGUAAAGGUCGUUAGCGACACUACGAGUUCCGGCAAGCGAGGAGGCUGUUCGCUGGUCAAAAUCGCGAGCUCACAGGACGUGGGUGCUGGCGGCAGUUCUAUGAUGGAGGUGCGAGAUGAUGCGAUGGAGUGCGCGCGGGGGCAUAGUAGAGUGCACUCUGUCGCGGCGAUGCUGCGUUUCCGGCGAGUAAAGAGGGGACUCGCUGCAGAAAUCCUGAGGAAGGAGUUACAGCAGAUGGAACCACGGGUGAAGUAGCAGAACCCGAAUGGAACCACAGGUGGAACGCACGGGGAAUGAUCGCAGCUAUCACUUUUCCACUUUUGCAUGGGGACCAAAACUUUCCUAAUAGGGCAAGUUGCCAGGAAUCCCUACGGGGCACUCGAUUGCCAGCUAGACGCGUCCAUUAUCAAUUGGUAGCCCGAGUGCGAGACGGUGAUGUGAGUGUAUAUGUGAUAGAUGACCAAUAGAAACCUACACGCAUGGCACACCCCCAACAGUGAACACCAUCUUACAACUCGAACCCACAUGUCUAGUCCAGUACGAUGCACCAAAGAGAUAUCUUUCUAGAGAGCUUAGUAUCUUUAGAAAUACUAGUAGGCGGAGGCACGGCGCAACGGCAUAAGCCCCUCGUUGAAUUUAUUACCAACAAUUAGGCCACGGAUGCAGCAUGUCAAUAGCAAAGCACUUAGAGGUCUAGCCAUAAUGGUGAGACAUUGAUGUACAUGAUGAAGAGAGACUAGCU